CCAGGGUGCAUAGCGGACUUCCCUGACUGCGGCCGUCGGGGCGAAGGGGAGGGGCUUCGCCAAGGUGGGGCAGAAGGGGGCGUGAGCGGACGGAGAGGCGGCUGCAGGCCGGAGAACAGGCGGAGGGCAAGGGCCGGUCGGAAGGAGACCACAGGCCAUGGCCGGGGCGGCUCCUGCGCCGGUAUCCAUGUCAUUUGAUGAUGUAGCCAUGUAUUUCUCAGAGCAAGAAUGGAAGAAACUUGUUGAGUGGCAGAAAGAGCUUUAUAAGCAUGUAAUGAAAGAUAAUUAUGAAACACUUCUUUCCCUUGACUGUUCAAUUUCCAAACCAGAUUUGAUAUCAUUGAUUGAACGGGGAGAAGAACCUUUCAUCAGAAAUCUGAAGGAUUCACAGGAAACAAAAACUGCUAUCAGUUCUAGUGACUUUAGCCCUAUAGAACAGUUGUUUUGGGGACCUGAUAGAUCCAUGCAUCCAGGAAAAGUAGAAGGCUAUUUAGAUUGCCUACAACUUCACGGUUCUUCUGAGCCCUUACAAAAUGCAAUGAGAGAGGUUUCUGCUAUGUCUGACCAAGAAGCUUCCUUAAGAAACUUUUACAGCAAAGACACAUGGCAUCUAAUUCCAGAAAAGCAUAGCACCCUGGAAUCAACUUACUGUGAAAGAAGACCCCGUCACAAGCCCCAGAAUCCCUCUGAUUGGCAGGAAUUAUUGCCAGGGCAGAGAGUGCUCCACCCCUGCUCUGUCUGUGGGAAAAGAUUCUUGUCAAAGAUCCACUGGGUAAAACACCAAAGAUUGCAUGGGAAGACAGAGUCACAGAAAUAUUCCAAGAGUAGAAGGAAAACUAGAAGGCAGUCUAAUCUCCAUUGGCAACCCAGACUUUUUUGGGAGCAGAGGUGUUUCCAGUGCAGCGAGUGUAACAAGAGUUUUCGUUUGAAGCAAUAUUUGCUCAGACACUUGAUUGUGCACACAGAGAAGAGGCCCUUUCGGUGCCCCAAGUGUGAAAAGACAUAUCGCCAUAAGAGGAGUCUGAUCAACCACCAACUUAUGCACAGUGGAGAAAGACCAUUCCAUUGUCCCGAGUGUGAUAAGAGCUUCCGCCAAAAGAGCAACAUGAAGGCUCAUCAGCGUCGUCAACAUCAUGGGGAGAAGCCUUUCUCUUGUGUAGAAUGUGGGAAGGGCUUUGCUGAGAAAUCUAAACUCACUAGCCACAUGAGAGUGCACAGUGGGGAGAAGCCCUUCCAGUGUCCUGAGUGUAACAAAAGCUUCCACGUGAAAGGGGACAUGAAGGCUCACCAGCGUGUACACAGUAGGGACAGGCCAUUUUCUUGCAGCGAGUGUGGCAAGGGCUUCCUAGUAAAAUCUAAACUCAUCAACCACUUCCGAGUACAUACAGGGGAGAAGCCGUUCCAGUGUCUUGAGUGUGAGAAGAGCUUUCGGUUGAAGGGCAUGCUGAAAGUGCACCAGCGAGUGCACACUGGGGAGAGGCCAUUCUCUUGCAGGAAGUGUGGCAAGGGUUUCACCAAGCAAUGUAAGCUCACAGAACACAUGAGAGUACACAGUGGGGAAAAGCCAUUUGUGUGUCUGGACUGUGACAAGAGCUUCCGCCAAAAGGGACAGCUCCUGAGGCACCAACGCCUGCACACAGGACAGAUGCCCUUUUCAUGCCCUCAUUGUGAGAAGACCUUCCAUCUGAAGGCUGACAUGAAGGCUCAUCAAUGUUCACAUAGUAGGGAGAGGUCAUUCUCCUGCAGUGAAUGUGACAAAGAUUUCACUCACCAGAGUAAACUCACUGAACAUCUCAGGCUACAUAGUGGGGAAAAGCCAUUUCAGUGCUCUGAAUGUGACAAGAGCUUUCGUCUCAAGGGCAUUUUGAAGGCCCACCAAUGCAUACACAGGGGAGAAAAGCCAUUUUCUUGUAUUGAAUGUGGCAAGAGUUUUACCAAGCAGUCGAAGCUCACUGAACACAAGAGAGUGCACAGUGGGGAGAAGCCUUUCUGGUGUCAGGAGUGUGGUAAGAGCUUCCGCCUAAAAGGGCAGCUGCUCAGCCAUCAGCGCCUCCACACAGGGGAGAGACCCUUCCAGUGCCCUGAGUGUGAUAAGCGUUACCGUGUGAAGGCUGAUAUGAAGGCUCAUCUGCGCUUACACAGUAAGGAGAGGCCAUUCUCCUGUGAUUGUGGUAAGGGCUUCACAAAACAAUCUAAACUCAUUGAACACAUUCGAACACACACAGGGGAGAAGCCCUUCCAGUGCCCUAAAUGUGAUAAGAGUUUCCGCCUGAAAGGACAGCUGCUUAGUCAUCAGGGCCUUCACACAGGGGAGAGACCUUUCCAUUGCCCUGAAUGUGACAAGAAUUUUCGACAAAAGGGACAUCUCCUUAGGCAUCAACGCAUUCACAGGCCCGAGAGGCCAUUCUCUUGUGGAGAAUGUGGCAAGGGCUUCAUUUAUAAAUCUAAACUUGCCACUCACUUCAGAGUACAUACCAAGGGUAAGUCCUGUGAUGUCCCAAGUAAAGCUGAUAGUACACGCAAGCGUUUACACAUAUUUGCUUUAAUAGAAGCUGAUUGGAGUUGAGAAAGAUGUGGCAUAAUUAUGGCCAUCUAAGAAUGGAUAAUGGGCAGAAAUCAGGAAGAGGAGCCAAUUCUUAACCAAAAUACAUAGGAGAUGAAAAAAAAUUAGCCUCAUUUUCAAAAGAAUAUGUAGUCCCCCAUUACCCAUCUUGUCUCUUUUCCUAUCAUUCUGUUAUUUGAGUUCAGCCUCAAAUAUUGAAACAACAUUGAAACCAAUUCCUAAGUGAGAAAUAGAAAAGAGAAAAAUGAAGAAGAAAAUAAUUUUAUUAUUUUCAAGGCUGAAGUAAUAGAGGUGGUUCCCAUAUGCCUGUUACGUUUCUUGCAGAGUGACCUGUUUUCUGUGCAAUAUCUGUUGUGAGCUUCUUCUGCCCUCCUCUAGCCCUCAAAAUCUCUAUUAUUCAUUCCCUUUUUCUUCCUUGAUUCUAGUACCUGAGGAAGAAAUGGACUUCUAUUUUACAAGAAAUAAAUGUAAAACUGGGAUUCAAACCCCAAAUUAGGAUCACUGCCACAGCUAGAAUAAGAGCUUUAUGUGUUGAAGAAGUUUUAAAAUUAGAUGGAAUUGUGAUCAGUUUUUCCUACCCAUUCAUUUCCUUGGUAAUAGAUACCUCUAUGAAUGAAUGGUUAUGUGGUGACCCAUUAUCUCCAUCAGAGAGCUUAAAAGGAGAAAACUCAUGCACAAAACUUGUGUCCAAAAGAGCAUCUUUAGUAGAGGAUCUUACAGUUGAGCUGGCUGGAUAUGAGAGUGGAUAUAAGAGAACUUUAGUCUUCUAUAUCUCUAGUUUGGGGUGACAAAGUGACAGCUUCCUCAGAAAUGAAUUCCUAGCUUUUUCUUUUAGUAUAGGAAAGUCCCAUCUCUGUGGUAUAUAGAGAUGCUCCCUCUUCUUGAAAGCCUUCAGAGGCUCCACAUCUGUGCUUUGAGGUCUUUGAGCACAGUAAUUGGGUGAGGGGAAUGAGAAUGUGGUUUUGGAAAAGUUCUCAGUUUAUUCAUAAUUAAAAAGGGAAAAAUGGAGGAUUUUAUUGGUAGUCUAAUAUGCUAUGGGGAUGUUUGGGCCCAGGUGGACACUAAUCUAUGAAAUAAUUGGGGAAACCCCCUUGGCUAGUUUUAGGUAUGAAAGUAAAAGAAAGCAAGAAGCAAUUAAAUACUACAAGAGAGUCAAUUUAAAUCUUUCCAAACAGGUCCAGGAAGAAGACUUUGGGUUGAUCACUCAAGAGAAUAUUAGUGACCUUAUAGGAAGUACUUAUGGUUUUCUCUCUUUGAAUUCUACAUAUGAACACUAACUCAGCCUUUAAAGGCAGGGUAAACUUGUUAUACACAAAGAUCCUCACGAGGGAAGAAAGUUCUUAAUUAUUAAUAUUGCCAUGUAUAAUAUAUAUAUAUGUUCUUUUUUUUUUUUUUAGUUUUUUUGAUCCUCGUAGUUUUCCCUAGCAUUUCUCUUCUCCCUCUCCUAGACAGUCACCCCAUCUAACAAAUAGUACUUUUUUUUAAAGACAA